AUGGAAGAUUCAAUCUUGAAAAUCCCUAUUCUGCCAGUAGAACUCGUUACUGAAAUACUCUCGAGGCUUCCGGUUAAAACCCUCUUGACAUUCAGGUCUGUUUCGAAAUCUUGGCUUGCUUUAAUCUCUAGUCUGGAUUUUAUCAAGAACCAUCUUAGAAUAUCUGCUAAUAACAAAGACUAUGCCCAACAUAGGCUCCUUCUCAGGUAUAAGUGCAUUCUAAAGGACUGUUAUCUUAGGUCUUUACUUUGUAAUUCUGUAAUGGAAGUAUCACGCUUGGAUUGUCCAGUGACAGACCAACACAAAACUUUUUGGUCCGUUGUGGGUUCUGUCAAUGGAUUGAUUUGUCUUACCGGUGGGGAAAAAGCUUUGUGUAUAUGGAAUCCGUCGAUUAGAAAGUACAAGACAUUCCCUGAUUUUAUAACUGAUUGGAUGGUUCGUAUAGUAUAUGGUUUUGGAUAUGAUGAGUUCAACGAUGAUUAUAAGGUAGUGCGUUGUGCUUACAAUUAUGGCGAUAGGCCUCGUUUUGAUAUUAAAGUAUAUAGUCUAAAGGAUGAUUCGUGGAGAAGCAUUCGUUAUCGUCCUCCCAACGGGAUGCGAUUUUGGGGUUCAGGUAAUUUUGUGAACGGGAAGGUUCAUUGGGCUAAUAAUAUUGGUCCUGACCGGGAUAAGGGCUGGAACAUCAUUUGUAUUAAUUAG